AUGGGCUUUUGUGUAUUUUUAGUUUAUGACUUGCUGAUAACUAUUGCUCAAGUUCUGCAUCGCUUGAAUGACUCUAAGAAUUGUGAUGUGCACAGUACUAUAUGUAAAGUGGAUCAGUACAUUUCAAUGUUAUCUGAUUUAAGCAAAAUGAAAAAGAGGCAAUUUUAUCUACACGACAAGACUAAAUACUUAUGUUCGCUCCAUUACGAGAGGCAGGAUUUGAAAAUGUUUGCAAAAUCUCCCCUCGAAAGAUAUGAAACUGUUCACAUUGCAAGAUUCCUUCCUCAAGUAAAAUUGGCUCAAAAAGGUAACACAAUUGCAAGGAAAUUGAGCAUUGAAGGAGACAAUGGAAAGAUUUACCAAUACUCCUUGACCUUCAAUCAAGAAUCUGGUGAAAAUAGGAAGAUAGACCGAAUUUCAAAUUUGCAACAAGUCAUGAAUUGCCUUUUCCCCAAGAUAAAGAAUAUGGCUAAAAAGCGCUUGAAAUUCAAGAUUCGAGAGGCGAUUUUUUUGAAUCCACAUACAUGUCUUAUGUAUGAAGGUGAUUCUGCAGUAUCCCUUUUUGAUAUUUUUGAAGAGCACUGCUCUAAUAAAGGCAUAAAAUCAUCUGCACCUCUUCAUAAGUAUUAUAAGUCAAUACAAGGUUUACAUGAAGCAGGAGUCAUAAAUUCAGAAGUUUUGAAACGAAUUUUUACCAGUAUACAGAGUGAAUUGGUACCACAAAAUUUGCUGAAAGAUUGGGUGCAUCAUGCACAUCCUUGUGCUGCUGAUUAUUGGAAGUUUCGGACACAGUUUACUCAUCAUGCUGCAUUAUUGGGUAUGAUUGAACAUGUCAUUGGACUUUCACCUCAGACACCAGAUUUUAUGUACAUACAGAGGAGCAGCGGAGAGAUGAAUUUUUUGAAUUUCCGAUUCUCUCUCAUACAUGAAGAUGCAGGGACAGAGACAGAAAGAAAAGUCCCAUUUCGUUUAACUUCAAAUAUUUGUAAAUUCAUCACACCUUAUGGAGUUUGGGGAACAUUUGGAGGAACUCUUUUGAAUGCAGUCGAGUGCCUGAGGAUACAGUGGUGGAAAAUAGAAUCUGUGAUAAAAGUUCUUUUGAUGGAUGAAUUACUUUCUUUGAACCAAAAGAAAGCUAGCAAAUCAGAAAUUGCGUGCAACAAGCCAGAGUUCUUUAUUUCAACUAUUGAAAGAUCAGUUUGUGAAACUUAUGAAAGGAUUGAACCGUUAUCUGGUUCAGAAAAAGAACAUCAUGUUCAACUGUGGAAACUGAUUUCUUCUGCUGAGAGCUGUGAUAACCUAUCUGCUCUUGAUCCAUUUAGUUACCCAUGGUUGUAAUUUUAAAUCCGACCAUGAACUUUGAAUUAUUUUUAUGGAAAUUAUUUUUAUGUUGUGAUAGAGGCAAAUAUUUAUUUAUCAUUAAUUUAUUUAUUUCUCUGGGUACCACAAAACCCCCUCCGAAUGAUUGCACUGUAAAAACAACUCAUCAUUUAUGUACAAAAAAUAUUUCACCUCAUUUGUUUUAAAUGGUUUUAAAUGCCAGGCUUGUACAUUGUUGAAUUACUGAAAGUUUUUGAUUUUUUUUUUUUUUUUUCACUGCUGUAUCCUUGCAUUUACAGCUCUCUUAUUUUCUGGACUAUACGACUAUAUUUGUAAAAGGAAGAAAUAGCACUUUUUGUUAAUUGGAUGAAAAUUCAAAGCUGAAGAACUAAAUGAGAUUUUAUUUCUUUCCUUGUAAAAUAAUCUAAAUUAAUGAUCAUCUUGUAAAUGUAUGUUAUUGAUUUGCUUAUGUUCUUUAUUUUAUG